UGAAUCAGCGCGCAUGCGCAGAUCGCGCGUCCCGCUGCGUCGUAUCGUAAGUUUGCACUUGAUUCAGCUGUUGUCCGGUCGGCACCACGCGGGACUUGUGCCUUCUCGUAUCCUCGGAAACUUCGCAACAACGGUAAGUCGAGGAACGCGAUUCCAUUCGGGACAGAGACUACGAGGAAGGCCUCGUUGACGAAGUCGCCGACGGCAGCCGACGCGCGAUGACGGGGUUCACGGAGAGCGCCCUGGUCAAACGGCUGAUGGAUCUGAAUCCGUCACAGCAAAGCAUCCAGACGCUCUCGCUCUGGCUGAUCCAUCACAGAAAGCAUCAUCCGACCAUCGUAAAGAUCUGGUUCAAAGAGAUGUGCAAAGUGAAGGACAAUCGCAAGUUGAUGUUCAUGUAUCUAGCAAAUGAUGUUAUCCAAAAUAGCAAGAAGAAAGGGCCAGAAUUUGGAAAAGAAUUUGAGACAGUUUUGCCAAAAGCUUUUGAGCACAUGAAAGGUUUCGAUGAGAAAACAAGAGAGCGAUUGAAUAGGUUACUACAAAUCUGGGAAGAGAGAGGAGUUUAUGACAAAGCACAAAUAGCCGAAUUUAAAGCAGCUUUCACGGAAUCUGAAAAGGAUUCUGUUAUGCCACCAAAAAAGAAAGCAAAGGUUGAAAUAGAAAAAGUAAAGAAGGACAAGAAGGAAAGAAAGAAAUCAGAGACUGAAAUAGAAGUAGACGGCACCAAAGAACUUCACGUUACGUUAAGCCCAAGAACUCCCGGCGGUGAUCCACCAGAAACCGAGGAACUAAUCAAAGCCUUAAUGGACCUGGAAAAUACUGCGUCCUCAGAUGCUGGUGUUAGAGAACGUAUUGCAUCCUUACCACCGGAAGUCUCUGAGGUUUCGUUGCUUGCGAACCUCGCUGAUCGGACAGCUGCAGAUCAAUUGAGUGCAGCGGUGAACGAAGCUGCUGCUCUUCUCGCCGACUAUAACGGACGGCUGCAAGCCGAGAUGGAGGACAGGAGAAGACUACUGACGAUGCUGCGGGACUACACUUUAGCGCAAAGACAACUACUUCAACAAGCUCAAAGUACUUUAGAGGAUUAUAAAGAGAAGCUCAAGAAGGUAUGUGCGGUUCGAUCGGAAGUAAAGUCUCACAUUUCGAAUCUCCCCGAUUUGACGCAACUGCCCGAUGUGACUGGCGGCUUGGCGCCUCUUCCUUCCGCCGGCGAUCUAUUUUCCAUGCACUAGUGUAAGCUCAGUAAGGCAUUUGGGCAAGUGCUGUUCAUAUAGUUAUCACUUCAGUUUACACGCGGAUAUAGAUGAAAAUCAUAAAGAGAUCUAUAAUACAAUAGAUUUGUACGACGAUGAAAGUGUGAUUGUAGUCGAUGAUGACUUUAUACUAUAAAAUAUUUGAUAAAUUCGAUACACAGGAUGUUUCAUAAUUACUUAUACAUUUUUCGUGAGCAGAGGGUUAUACUGAGUAAAAAACCCUCUAUUAUUUUGCAACUUUCUUUCAAUAAUUAAUGAAAUUAAUUUAUAAAAAUCUGAAACAUACAUUUGCACGAAGAGAUAGUCCCCCCCCCCAUUACAUGUAGUUAUAAUUGCUAUAGAAUAAAAUGUUUGGAGGUGUAAUAAUAAUAGAGCAUAGAAUUUGGAGGUGUAUAAAUAAUACAGAGCAUGCAUUACACCUUUCCAAACAUCCCUAUCUCUUCGAGCGAAUGCAUGUUUAUUUUAUAAAUUAAUAAUUGUUUAAUUUAAUUAAUGAUUUAAUUGCUUUUUAAUUAUUGCAGAAAUUGCAAAAUGAUAUAGGAUUUUUCUAUUUAAUAUAGAUUCUAUCUGCUCAGGAAAAGUAUAUAACUAAUUAUGAGAUACUCUGUAUAUACAUUAUAUAUACAUAUAUAUACAUACAUAUAUAUACACACACACACACACAUACGCGCGCGCGCGCGCGCGCGCGUGUGUGUAGUAAAACGAGAACUCCCUGUAUGUUACGUGCGUAAGUAACGAAACGAGGAAGUACCGAGUGGGAAGAUGCGUAAAAUUACUGAGGCUGUUGAUACUGAAAAUAAAACUGUUCAUAAUCGUUUUUUGAUGGGGAUAAGAAUUUUUUAUUUAUACAUGUACAUAUAUAAAUAAGAAGUUCUUAUGAUUACGUGAAUGACUAUUCUUAUUGCGAAUAAAUGAAUAUAAGGACGAUAAAAAUCUAUCGUGCGCUGUAACUCUCGGUUUUGUACUUUAAGUGACGAGUUGCCUAAUUUCUUUUUGAAUCCUUUUUUGCGGAACAGCGUACCGUAUCUAAAUAGGCUAACGUAGAAUCAUUUUUAUGAAAAAUAAAUUGUUACAGAAAAGAGAGGUAUCUUAUAUAUACAUCUUAUAUGUACAUCUCCUAAUGAUACAAAAGACAAUGUUCCUGUAACUCAUACGAUUUAUUCCGUAAACUGAUUUAUCUCAAAUUAUAUAAUGUAUGCAUGUAAAAAGCGCGCAUUAUUAAAUGUGCGAAAAUCGUAAAUUGCAUAAAAUUAUAUGCAACCCAACAUUUGGCAAAAUUAUCACGAAAUUUAUCGAUAGGCUAGCCAAGACUUUCUACUCUUGGUACCAAAUCGGCGACAAAAGUAUGUACACACAUACUUUUAAAAAGCAACAGGGUUUGCUUUGUGCUCUGUACAAUUGUUAAAGACAUCUUACAAGACAUUUUUCACAUACGCAAUCAUUGUCCAUUGGCGGUACGUUGAAAAUAGUACUCUGUGGUCGGAUAAUCAUUUGUACAUAUUACAUAUUAUAGUCUAAUAUGAUUUCAAAACUGACAAGACGGCUCCUCGUGAAUAUUUGAUUGUGAAUGAACCGUAGUCCGCAUAGAUUAUAAUAUUGUACAUGUAACUAUUUUAAAAAGACAAAUGCGUGAUUGUGCAUACU